AUGUCGCCAAGAAUCUUUGUCACUGGUGCUACCGAUCAUGUCGGUGGAUACACCACUGAUUUCCUGAUGGCUGCUCACCCAGACGGAGUGAAGAACAAUGUGCCCACGGCGAUCAUCUGCCCUCCCCGGAUUUACGGCGUCGGAGAGGGUCCGAUUAAGACGCACAGCAUUCAUAUUCCCUACUUGAGUGAGGCUAUUCUAAAACGGGGACGCGGCACCCAAGAUAUCCAUGUCGGUGACGUGUCAAGAGCCUGUGUUCUCUUGAUUGAAGAAGCACUGAGGCCCAGGGCGGCUAAGCUCAAUGGAGGGUCCGAGGGUUAUCACUUCGUAGAAUCGGGCCAAUUCGCGUAG